UGUCUCAAUUAAACUAGAACACUGGAAAAUUGUAUUUAUUACCCUACAAUAAAUGCUUCCACCACUACAAAGAUGCAUGUUGCACAGCCUUGAAUUAAAUCAUUAGUGAAUAUGAAAAUUGUAGUUGAGAAUAAGUCACAAGAUUUUUCUUCUUCUUUUUAACAAAGUAAAAAAAUACAGAUGCCCACAUACACACAUGGGAUUUGUUUUCUAAAAAUGUGUUGUUGUAUUGGUUUUUAUUCAACUGCAAUGAUGCUCUGAAAGCGAAAAUUCAUGUUUUGAUGUAAGGCAUGGCUUUGACAAUACAACAUAUGAAAGUCUCAGUUAUUGUCCAGUCGGACCCAGGUGUUGGCGACACUCUAUAGCGAGGUCUCAUUGUGUUCUGGAUAUGAUCAUAUCGUUCUGAGAUCCAGUUCUUGAUGAAAAAGAGAGCGUUUAUUACUAUGAAACUUAUACCUAAAUAAAAUAAGGUAGCAGAUCAAUUGACAUCGUACAGUCAUACUGAAGGUAGCACUGCGCUAUGCCUAUACAGUGGUAUUCUCAGCCCAUCAAAAUUCAAGUCCUGAUGAUCGCAUUAUUUUUAGAUUUAUUUCAAGAUUUCCGGCGAUGUGCUUUCAGUGGGAGGAGAUGUUCCCGUCAACGACGAGGCGCCUAUGGUGACUUCAUAAAUCUCAAGAUGAUAUGUCGGCUCAAUCUCUCGAAGGUGCUCAUACGGAUAGGAUGUGUGUGCGUUUAUAGAGGUGAGCGUAUGUGCGUAUGUAUGAAUGCUUGCGUCUCAAGUGUGUUAAAAAAAACGAACCGUGUAGUAGCCAUCCAGCGAGCACACCUGCAGACCUGCUCCGUGGAGUCUCCACUUUCCCCACCCAAACCCUCGCCUCCGACGCCGGCGCCGAUGGGCGAGCUCGCACAGGAUCUCUUCCUCCGCCUUUCGCCGGAGCUCGUCGAGGAGGUAUUUUUCCACCUUCCGCCGGACGAGCCCGCCUGCCUCGUACACGCCUCCGCCGUCUGCAAGCCCUGGCGCCGCAUCCUCGCCGAUCUGGGCUUUCGCCGCCGCUAUUGCAAGUUCCAUGGAACACCUCCCGUCCUGGGGCUCUUCCAACAGGGCGACUGGCUCUUCCGAGAGGGAGCCCGCUUCGUUCGCACCUCCGCCCUCUUCCCUGCCCAGCGCGACCGGCCCUGCUGGUUUGCCAUGGACUGCCGCCACGGGCGCGCCCGCUUCGCCAGCUUGGGCACGACCUCUCACCUCAUGGUCUUGGACCCUGUGACGGGCCACCAGAGCCUCGUGGUCUCGCCCUGUAACCACCCGGCCAGCUUCAGUGCGGCGGUGCUCUGCGCCGCACAAGGCUGCGACCACCACGGUUGCCAAGGAGGGCAUUUCCGUCUGGCCAUCAUGACCACCAAUCAGCAGCAUAGGGUCACAUCGGGCUGGUUUUACUCGUCGGAGACUUGCCUGUGGAGCGAGCUCACCUCUGCUCAUCACCCCAAUGUGAGAUGUACCUAUAACUUGGGUGCGCCUAGCGUCCUUGUGGGCGAUGCACUCUACUUCAACGUUGGUGGCAUCGUGGAGUGUCAACUUGGUACACUCCGGUUGUCAAUGUUCGAGAAGCCGGUCGAUGGGAAUGGGCGUUUGUCAAUGUUUGAUAACCCGAUUGAUGGCAUUGGGACUCUCAUGGUGAACGAAGACGGUCGACUGGGGUUUGCUGCCGUGGUGGAUGUCACGAAUCUAACCCUAUGGUUGUGCGAGACCGGACCUGUGGGAGCUAUUGGAUGGGCAAAACUCAGGGUAAUUGAUCUUAAGACGCUGCUCCCAACAUGUGAAUUCAGCAUUAGCAUUAGGAGGUCGGUACAUGCAUUGGCGAUCAGUGGCGUCGCGGAGGGCACACAAAUCAUUUUUGUGAGAGCACAUGUUGGUUCCUAUAUGGUUGAUCUCAAGUCAGGGCGAGUCAGGCCGGUGUAUGCUUAUGGCAGAAAAUUCUUUCCCUACGCAAGCUUCUUCAUACCAGCAAUGGAAGCAGGCUGUACUGGGCAGGGGCAGUGAGCUGGUGUUUCAAGUGUUUAUCAAGCUCUAGGUGAUGGAGCACGCGCUUCUGGAUCAAGAGAAGGUGGUUGUAGUGAUGUUAGAUAUGGCACAAGCGCAGCUCUGGAUCUGUGGGAACUUUGUUUAGGAAGUUGCUAUCCUGUAGACUGUAGUAACUUUGUCUAGGCGGUUAAGGACAAAUACUGCUGGUCUUAGUAUGUGGUGUAGGAACUUUGUUUAGGAAGUUGUGCAGGAACCUUGUAUGCGUGCUCAUGGAUGGAUCGCUGUUCACUAUGCAUGGGGCAUAUGCUGCUACCGUCAGUCACCCAAGUCUAAAUAUCAAAUCUAGGUUCCAACCAAA